CCCCGUUAUGCCGGCCACAUACUGCCACGAAAAAGAAUCACCAAUUAUGAUAAUGAGAAGAUAUCAAAGUUCCCACUUCAAUCGAUUCGAUCCCCCCGCCAUAGCAGUGGAGCAUUCUGCAAACCGAAAAAAGGUAGCGAUAAAUGCUUCGGCUCAGUCUCCUUCGGAUCACUCUCCCUCGCCCUACCACUCUCUUCAAUUGCCCCACCCGUCAUACUAAGCUCAGGCCCCAAACCAUGGCCGCGUCGUACACGACGCGGUCGUCUUCUCAUCCCCGCUCCAACAAUCUCUUGUUUCGCCAGCUCUUCGAGAAGGAGUCCUCAACCUACACGUACUUGCUUGCCGACCGGUCUCAUCCUGACAAGCCCGCUCUGUUGAUUGACCCAGUUGAUAAGAUGGUGGAGAGAGACCUCUCCCUUGUAAAAGAGCUUGGACUGAAACUGAUUUAUGCUAUGAACACCCAUGUCCAUGCUGACCAUGUAACUGGUAGUGGUCUUAUUAAGAACAAGAUUCCUGGAGUUAAAUCUAUCAUUUCAAAAGCGAGCAACUCGCAGGCUGAUCUUCUGAUCGAAGCUGGUGAUAAAAUCUGUUUUGGUGAUCUAUUUUUGGAGGUUCGUGCUACUCCUGGCCAUACAUUAGGAUGUGUUACUUAUGUUACAGGAGAUGGUCCUGAUCAACCUCAACCGAGAAUGGCUUUCACUGGGGAUGCCUUACUGAUACGUGGAUGUGGGAGAACUGAUUUUCAGGGUGGUAGUUCGCUUCAACUCUAUAAGUCAGUGCAUUCACAGAUUUUCACAUUGCCCAAGGAUACACUGCUCUUUCCCGCCCAUGAUUACAAAGGGUUUACCGUUAGCACUGUGGAGGAGGAGAUGCUUUAUAAUCCUAGGCUUACAAAAGAGGAGGAAGCAUUUAAGAAUAUUAUGGAAAAUCUUAAACUCCCAUACCCGAAAAUGAUAGACAUCGCUGUCCCUGCAAAUAUGGUGUGUGGGUUGCAAGAUGUCUCUGCAAAGCCUGUUGAAGCAACAUCAAACUAAAUACAGACAGUCUCAACUACCAUCUCCCAUGAAAUGAUAAAAGUCUUAGCAGGAUCGGAUAAAGUGGAGUAGGAUGGUGUCGAACAAAGUCUCUUGGAUGAAAUUGAUUGAGAACGAGCCCAAUCUAGACAAGAAAAUGGAGUUGAUUGUGAUGUUUGUAGAGAUGGUUUUGGCUACCAUUGAGAAAAUAAAGCAAAUUAUUUGAUGAUUUUGUUAUGUUAGUUACAGACUAUGUUAUGCUACAUUUUUGUAAUAAGGAGUUGAUACUCCUUGACUAUGUUAUGUUACAAUUCAUAGCUUACUUGUCAGUCCUUUAGCAAGUAUGGUAUAUUUUUAAGUUAAUAUGAAGUUGGGAUAUUAGUCGUUAUGGUA